AUGUUAGACGCAUCCAAAGUGGCGCCCUGCCCCAAUCACUACACUCAUGCUUACCAUUUUAACGAGCUCAGUCUCGAAACGAGUUCAAACGAGCAACCCUACUUCCGCGCCCUCGUCUUCUUCAACAAGAAGCCCGAUGUCACUGCGGCCUUUUUCCACGAGCAUUGGAAGAGCGUGCAUGCCGAUCUGACGCUCCAGACACCCGGCGCCGGGGUGAAUCUUAUGCGAUAUGUACAGUUCCACCAAGAGGCGAAGCACGUCAAUGACCUGCAGCCGCUACUGGAUGACAGUGGAGGAUCAAUACAGAUUAUGCCGUACGAUGGCUGUGCUGAGUUCCAUGCGAAGAGCGCAAAGGAGUUUGUGGUCUUCAUGAAGUCUGUGUGGGCGUCCGAUCAUCUUGUCGGCUGUGGAAAGCGUUUUGCGGAUAUGACCCAAGGCUAUUAUGUUAUGGUCGGCUACGACAAUCUGAUCUAUGGGAACGCGAUUCCCGAGAUAGGAGGUGCUGAUGGCAUCUUAGCCGAAGAUGCUCGCUUUGGUGAGGAGACAAAGACGUAA